CGACGCGUUCGUACUGGACGUCCCCGGCAGGGGCCCGUUCCUGUUCCUCAUGACGCCCAACGCCUCGGCCGCCGAGCAGUCGGCCGCCAUCAAGCAGGCCCAGCAGCAGGCCGCGCAACUCCUCGCGGUGGACGGACAGUCUUCCCCUAUCGGCGCCGUGGCCUCCCUCAUCGGCACCACGCCCAGGCCCCAGGUCACCAAGCCCACGUCGGUCGGGCCGCUGCCCGUGCACCCCGUCGUCAGCGUCACCCCACCGCCACCGCCGAACCCACUACCGUCGUACCACUCCCUGCUGGACACCGACGAGCAGGACCAGCAGGGCGAGGAGGAGGUUGCUGUGGAGGAGGUGGACGCCCCGGACCAUUCAGAUGAGACACACACGCAUUCUGAUCUGGGGAAAGCGAAAGAAGAUGGCAGUGACUUCUCAUCACAGUCGUUCCUUGAAAGAUUGUUUCCGGAAAUGGUCUAACUUACAAUUGAAGACUGAGCCUACAUGUACCUAGUCAGGAUUUAACAGCCUCUUGCCAGCCCUGUCCUGGCCACAGUUGUUAAAAACAUUAUUACUGUAUUUAUAUUAUUUAUUGUACCUGCAGUUCUGCUGUAAAUAUAUUUAUUUCUGAACCA